AAAUAAUUUAGUUGCGUGAACGCUUAAGUCUACUUUUUUAGGUGUAAAAGAAGUUCCAACGUGUAUAGAAUGCUAGAAUGUUACAAUUUUGUGUGCUGUAGAGGCGAUGUGAAGAUUAUAGGUAAAGGGGAAUAUAAUACGCCAUGUUGGUGAUUUGCAGUGUUUCUUUUCUAUUUUAGUCAGGCUGAUGUGAAUAUUCGUGGAGAAUCGUGUGAAAAAUGUCCAUUCAUAAAAUUUCUUUCGGUCGCUGUGCUAUUCUGCGGAUAUGUGAUAAGUAAUACGAGUGGAAUAAAAACUAGUUUUAAAAUUGUAGCAACGCAGUAAAUGGCCGAAUAAACGGUACUGCUUGUUUAUUUAGCCGAAUUGCGCCGGGUAUUAAUUUGUUGUAAAUGAUGCGUUUGCGAGAUUCAUAUUUACAUCCAAUCCCUCACAACUUGUGCCAAAAAUUUCGAAUUAACUCUGAAUUCCUCCAUUCAGUUUAUUAUUUGCAACAUAUUUUGCAAUAUUGCUAGAUCUCGCGCAUUUGGGAAGAAAAGAUUUGCAUAAUUCAUAGAAGAUGCCAGAACUAAUUACGCCGGACCCGCCAUUUUGUAAGUUCAUAGCGUUGUACUUGCUACAGGUUUGAAUAACUCGCUGCGUUUGUUAUUAGCGUCCUUCUGUAAAUGGAAUAAAACGUGUUGAAAAAAGCAAAUAAUGUGGAAUAUUGAGGUGGGCGUUGGUGAAAAUGUGCGGCGAACAAAGUUUAAUGUGGCGUCUUGUUUGGCCAUGUAGCAUUUUUUCAAGAUGGCGAUGGGAAAUUACGCACGACUUCCAGAAAACUAAUUUGAUAAAAAUAAUUGAAAAUCAGUGAAUAUUUAAUGAAAUACAUGCAACUCUUAUAUAGUAAGUUGUUCUAAUUUGGCUUUAUUGGUUACUAUUUAGAAGUUACGAAUGCGUAACUGCAAUGUCACUGAUCGAUCUUCGAAGCUCCGGACGAGUCGGCAUUUUCCGCACCCUUAUUUGUUAUAUUAUCUUUUGUGGUUUUAUAAUGCACGUGAAGCAUUCAGUUGUGAUUUUAAAAUCGUAUUCGCAAUAUACCGCUCGAAUGUAAUGUGAUUAUUUCCAAUUUCUUACUUGAAAUUCUAAUAUUUGCGCAAUAGAAACCGGCGUGGAUUGCGACGUAAGUCUUAAGAUGAGCGAAUAUGACUAGCGGGUUAAGGGAACAGUAGCAUAGAACAAAUUUCCUUGCAGACUUUUUCCAGAUUCAAAGUUACUUUAAAAUCAUUUUUGCAAAAUUAACAUUCUUAACGUUUUGUUUUCCUGCUUGUAUUACUGACAUUUUUGUUUCCCGAGCCCGCAUGAAAUCUGAGAAGAUUCUCAGUAUGUCACGCUAUCGUGAAUGGGAUCUGUCCUGCAAAGUAUAUGUUGGUAAUCUGGGUAGUAGUGCAUCCAAACAUGAAAUUGAGUCGGCUUUCAGCAAGUAUGGUCCCUUAAGAAAUGUUUGGGUAGCUCGCAAUCCACCUGGCUUUGCUUUUGUUGAAUUUGAAGAUCCAAGGGAUGCUGAGGAUGCAGUAAGAGGACUUGAUGGAACGAGAAUGUGUGGAACAAGAGUUCGGGUUGAGAUGUCCUCUGGACGUAGUCGACGUGGGGGUGGAGGCAGUAGCCGAAGAGGAUCUGGCCCUACCCGCUACUCAAGGUCCAGAGAUCUGAGAGUACAUGUCCAGUGUUCAGAUCUAAUGCAAGGUUUCUGCCGGGUUAAAUUUGGUAUCUCUAAAAGAUUUUCUUAGUAACUUCUCCAUUGUUACCAUUUAGGUAAUGCAGUGUCAUGUUAAAUGGUGAUUAUUUUUGCAUUUGCCCAAGCAGAUUCUUGAGAAUUUGUUUGCUGUGCAUAGAUUGGUUUUGUGUAGCAGUGUUACCCCUGCAUAUGAUGCACGUACUACUCGUUUGAACUUAAGAGCAGGAUACGUGACUGAUGGUUUGGGAACACUAGCCUGCAAUGUUAAGACCCCUCGGGGAAAAAGUAAAAGUAUACAAAGAUGUACAAAAUCGUCACUUUGAAAUGUGCAGUUUUAGAUGGAACUAAUUAUGUGAAGAAAGACAACAGCUGCGUUUACUAAGUGGUUUCACUACGGAGACUUUAAACAAACGUUUUUGUUAAUUUCUUAGAUAUCUUUGUAUUUCUAUAAACAUACAAAAGAGUGACAAUGGGGUACUGGCUAUGUCUGUUAUUCAAUUCCCUAGCCAGAUAUUCUUGACAACCUAAAUGGUCUCUAAUAGCCAUUUUCAUUCUUUUAAAUGUGACUUGCUGUAAUGUGUGUCCCACAUAGACUGUGUUGUUCUGAGAUAUGUUUCAAACACGCUAAAAUGUUAAAAAAAUUCGUAUAUAAGGCUUGUUGGCAUUUGGGUACCACAUCACAAAAUUCCAUAUUGUACUGUGUUAGUUUAGGAGCACUCAACCAGGUGCCUUAUUAAAUGUCUGGGCAGCUGUGUGACAUAGCCUUCUGUUAUUCAGGUGUCUUCACAUAAAUGUUCUGCAAAGUUCUGAGAGUGAUUCUCGAAAAUAAUCUGCCCUUUGAGAUUGUGUUCGCAUUUGAUCUAUGGGGGGGUUUAUAGUGAAAGAAAAUUGAGACUGUUAGGUUUAUUGUAUCCUCUAUCAGGAUAUGUGGAAUGUAACUUCCAGUUGUUUUUUUUUCUGGGGAAGUGCAGCAUUAACCAUGUAGUUUAGCCCAAAUUGAUGCUAUUGAAAUGUCAGCAGUAAACUUGAAGCAUGUUUUGUUUUUUUGUUUUUAAUUUUGUUAUUGGCCACCCCUAGGUAAACCUCUGGGGUCAGCUUGUAUUUGAUAGUUGUAAUUUUUCUUUGUAUAUAUCACAUGGGGAUUAAUUGUAUAUUUUUGUAAUUUUAUCAUUGCAUUGGAACCUUGCCUUGUUCUGUGUGGGACACUCACAUUGUUCUGUUUGAAAUAUAUCAUGAAAUUAUGGAAAUUUUAAUUUUUGUGCCAAUAACAAAAAUGUGACUCCAAUAAACAGCUUCUGAAUUCUUGACUUUUAUUUUAUUUUUUUUCUGGGUUUUAAAAUUUGUGUGCAAGAUGAGUUUGACCAUUGUGUAAGAAGUAUCCACUUCAUCAUAUUAAAAGUAAGUUUAGUCAGUGGCCUAGUUACUCAUAGUUCUUAGCUCUAGAAAAGUAAUUAUAUUGUACUUGAUGUCACCAAUUUCAAUUUGAAAAUACCCCAGGGCCAAUAUACCUCAUUUUCAUUCCUGUUAGACAUUGAAUUGGUUUCCCUGAAUUGUUAAUGUUAAAUCUGUUAUUGGAAGCAAUUUUGUGCGUUCAAAUUCUCUUAGCCUUGAAAUGUUUUGGGUGUACUAUGAUGAAAAUUUUAUUGGAUGGAUGAUUUUGUAAAUUGGGUUUUGGCUAUUAGUGCUUCGUUCAUGAUACAUGAGAAGGGAAUAUUCUGUUUGUAGAAAUUAAAAUUAUAUCCUGACAGUCAGUUGUUCUGCAGGCUGUGGUAUUGGAAAAAAAAUCUGUUUAGUGGAGUUAUUUUCCUGACAUGUUUAACCAGAAAUUGACAAGGUGGAGAUAUUUGUGCUAAAUUUACCUUCUCACGGUGCAAGGAAUUGGAGUUUCAAUAAAACUAUGGAAUAAUUCUCAACAUGAACCUGUAAGUACAUCACAUGGUUAAGGCCUCUGGUGGACCCCAACACCGUUUUAUGCAGAAUUUUAUAUCUGUAAAAUGAAAUAUUUUUGAAAGUAAAUGUUAUAGUUAUAUUCAUGUAAUUUUUCAAGGCAAAUUCACUGAGAAAUUCUGUCUUUCUUUCUCUGUAUGAGAUCUUGUUGCGUAAAGUCAGUAGUAAAGAUAUUUUGGACCAGAAAUUGUGGUGGGGCACAUAAAUGUUGGUCAAAUCCAUUUUCACUCUUUUAGGGGAGUCAUUUGGAUGUGGUUUACUUACUGGGAGUAUGUGCCAUUUUUUUUUACUAGUGUCAGUAUUGUUUUUGGGAAUGCAUGGGCCGAAUGGAGUAUUUUAAAUUUCAAACCUUAAGUUCUCUAUAGGUGACAAAUAUCCAGUUUUCAGCCUUAGGCUUAAAAUACCACUAACACAUUUUAUUCCACAGUACUUUUUUGAGCAUUUCACUCCUGACUCGACGCAACGUGUUGUUUAACAAGGCUUUGACCUAUGCAUUAAGCAAAAAUAUGCCUAAGUCAGUUGAAUGCAUAGUUGACAUAGAUUAUUAGACAUAUUCUUUUUUGUUUAGAAGAUAAGUUCACAGUUGAUUGCCCUCUGUAUUCACUAUGCUUGCCUAAUUCAUUGCCAUUACAUGCUAUGUUCUGCAAACAAUUGCUUUACAGAUGGCAAACUGAUUUAUCCUUUUAAGGUUGCUCUGCUCAUAUGCUAUUCAGCGACUGCUCACCAAAUCCUGAACAGUGUGGAUGGGUUUCUUGCCUUAUUCUGAGUGACCAACUUUUGAUUUUUGUCGUACCCACCGCAUGUCCUGUCUAUUGGACAUCUUGAAGGAAGUGAACAUUCGCUAAACACAUCAACUGCUCAGGAUUGCGUGAGCAGAAGCUUGCUGCUUGGCAAAUGUGUGGAGCAACCUUUAAAAUUAUUUGCAACAUUUCAUCAAAUGUACAAAUUCUGUGUGAACCCUGUAAGUAAACUUCAGUUGUAUUUCGUCUGGCCUCUUCCUUUGCAACUUUUCUUUUUGUCCUUAUGGUUUGUUUUCACCUUCCUAAAUAUUUCCAGCAGGUAAGUUCUUAUGUACAUCUACAGUUGUCUUAUACAUAAUUUAUAGAGGAUGAGAUAGCAAAUGUCAUUGUGUAUGAUUGAAAUAUCACCAGUUUUCAUAUAAAAUGUUUAUGGCAAAAAGAAGGAUUGUAUGGGUUGUUAAUGUUCUGUGUUGUUGACCCUAAAUCCUUCUGGGAUGAAUUGUUAGUUGAGCGUUAGCAAGUGCUAUGGAUUUUAAUGUUUACUACAAUUCUUUAUGGAAUAACAAAGUAUUUUAUGAUUGUUUCUUGAUAUUUUCUGUUGGAAGAAUGUCUAAAUUUAGCUUUCUUGUGGUGCAAAGCAAGAUAUUAUUUUCAAAUAUCUGGUAUGCUUCCUCAAAAGGUACUCUACUUUUAAAUAGUACAAUAGGUAUUCUUUUGUAGUGUUGAAAAGCUUCAGUAUUAAUUCUUUUCACUAUUAGUGCAAGUCAGUAUUUUUAAAAAUGUUAUGAAACCCAUUGCUAUAAACAGGAUAGUGUUGCGUCCAGCGAAAACAGGGACAGUAGAUCCUGAGGGGAUUUUAUUUCCUACAAAGUUCCCCUUAUUUUUUAAUUUUAAGGAUGGAGUAUGUCCAAAUGUAAAGCAAUAUUCUGACAUUGUACAUAAAAAUUUAUAUUUCAAAAAUCAGAUUCUGCUGUCUUAUUGAAAGUCCACUACUUUUAUUCUGCAUAAUUCAAUUGCAUACAUGUUUGCUAAAUGGCACAUUCUUAUUGAGUUAUUUGCAGUGCACACUGCAUCAUACAUCUGAGUGUCAAAAGUCUCUCACUACAUUUUCUGAGACAUUUUGAAAGAUUUUUGCCAUUAAUGGAAUAAACAUUUGGAAUUAGAUUUCUAUAUUUAUUAAUGGCAUUUUGCAAGAAGAUAUUUUGAAGUGAAUCAUUUCAACCUAAGUUAUUUCUUUUUUAAACAAGUGUAUUGAAUGAAAUAGAUUUUGUAUAAAGUAGCGGGGCCUCUCUCAAUCCAAUACCAAUGAAUAUAACUCAAGUUCUGGCAUUUGAUAAUACUAAAUAUAUAGUACUGCAGUGUUAUUCUAUUAGGUGUCUCACAUCCCAG